AUGGACGGCGGCAUAGAAGACAUCUUUGCGUCUUCUUUGAACUUGGAGGAGACCCAUUUCAAAGAGGGUUGCGGCGAGGGCCACGCAGACGGCCUAAUCGCCGGCCGGCAAGGAGGAGAGCCGGCAAGCGGGCCUCAAAACCGGAUGGAUGAGCUGCUCGAGAAGUACCCCAUUUUGGAGCCAGAAAACGAGACAGUCUCGAAUAUGAUGGACUCCCUGAGGUUCAAAUUUAGGGCUACUUGCGCCAGUGAAUGCGAAAUUGGAGUACGAUGGCUACCCGAAAGCUUCUGA